AUGGGUUUAAGAUUUAAACAGGUCCUGAUCGUUUUUCUCUUUAUAGCAAUAUUUAAUGAUGAUGUUAAAGCAGAACAGGAAAAUGAGACUUUACAAAAGCUAAGAACUGCUCCCCGAAGGAAUGCAGGGAAUGGUGUGAUAGAUGGGUCAGGUAUAGAGCAUGUUUUGAGUUCUGACGGGACUAGUAACGAAAUGGGUGAUGAGCGGAAGGGUGGGAACAAUAGAGUUUCAGUGUCCACGGUUGCAUUGUUCACACUGGCGAUGGCUGCAGCUACUGGUUUAGGUGCCAUACCAUUCUUCUUUGUGGAGCUCGAUUCUCAGUGGGCUGGUAUAUGCAAUGGGAUGGCUGCAGGGGUAAUGUUGGCAGCCAGCUUUGACCUUAUACAGGAAGGACAGAGCCAUGGCAGUGGUAGUUGGGUUGUGUUCGGUAUUUUGGCAGGUGGCAUCUUCAUUUGGCUUUGUAAGAAGCUCCUUGAGCAAUACGGCGAAGUGAGCAUGUUGGACAUAAAAGGAGCAGAAGCAACUAAAGUCAUUCUUGUCAUUGGAAUUAUGACCCUUCAUUCUUUUGGGGAGGGCUCUGGUGUUGGAGUAUCCUUUGCUGGAUCUAAGGGUUUAUCUCAGGGGAUAUUGAUAACUUUGGCCAUUGCUGUGCACAAUAUACCUGAGGGCUUGGCUGUUAGUAUGGUGCUUGCAUCAAGAGGGGUCUCUCCACAGAAUGCUAUGUUAUGGAGUGUGAUUACAUCACUGCCACAGCCUAUUGUAGCAGUGCCAUCAUUUAUAUUUGCUGAUGCAUUCAACAAGUUCUUGCCAUUUGCUACGGGAUUUGCUGCUGGGUGCAUGAUUUGGAUGGUUAUUGCAGAGGUCCUUCCAGAUGGAUUCAAGGAAUCUUCUCCAUCGCAUGUUGCAUCAGCGGCUACACUUUCCGUGGCAUUUAUGAUAGCUCUGAGCUCUUUGUUUCAGCAUUUCAGCCACAACUACAAUCCAGAGGACGCAUCUGGCUUCUUUGUGUCACUACUUUUUGGUCUGGGACCAUUACUGGGCGGAAGUGCUCUUGUUGCAUUAGCUUUUGCUUUCCAUCUUCAGCAUGCCUUCCUCACUGGUGUGGCCUCUGGCAUUGCCUUUGUUCUUGGUGCCUGGAGACCUCUGCAACUACUACUGUCUGCAAAGAUGGGCCUUUUCCCCAUCCUGAUCCUUCUUGGACUGGGAUCUGGAUUCUUCCACAUAUCGACUUCCAGCGCUACGAAGCUUGGAACUCGAAAGAGGACUUCAGCAAAUACUUUAUCUGCUGUCACUGGCUACUCAGUUAGUGCACUCACUCUCUACUCAAUCUUAUCUUGUGUGGCAGUUGCCCUUCAUGCUCUAGCUGAGGGACUUGCAUUAGGAGUCGCUGCACCUAAAGCCUAUGGGCUUGGACGCCACAUUGUCCUUCCUGUCUCCCUCCAUGGGUUUCCUCGGGGUGCUGCUGUAGCUAGCUGCAUAUUUGGUGCAACUGACAGUUGGCACGGGUCCCUUUUAUCUGCUGCACUCAUUGGGUUCGUGGGCCCAUUAUCUGCAAUUGGAGCGAUUUUAGCCGGAAUUGACUACAGCGGUCUUGACCAUGUGAUGUCUGUAGUUUCUCUCUUCUUGUUUCCACGUUAUCCCUUUGAUUCUUUGCUAUGUCAAUCCUCAUUCGAAUUCCGUUACCUACUCAAGAUCAAGAUGGAAUACGAGCAUCGAUAUGGGCAGGUUCAGAGAUCAAAAUAUGAUUGUCUUCUAUUUGAUUAUAUGGUCGAAAAGCUUGGCAUAGAAGAGAGCAAAAUCAAUGACUUGUGUAAUCUACUGUACAAGAAUUAUGGUACUACAAUGGCAGGCCUUAGAGAGUCAAUUUUACUGGAAGUGGUAGAUGAAGCAGCCAAAGCAGCAUUGGUAGUAUUAAUGGAUGUUUUCCGGGUAGCAUGA